GCGCGGCCCGGCCCGGUUCGGUUUCGCUCGGCGCCGCCUCGAUCCCGCUGCCUCCGCUCGGAGCCAUGGACGACGUGACCAGAGGCUUCUUCGGCAAGCUGCGGGACCUGGCCCUCAUGGUGGAGAAGGAGGUGAAGCAGCUGGAGCGGGCCAUGCGCCGGGAGGACUCCGACUAUGAAGAUGAAUCUCCACUAACAGUCUUGCUUGACCUCCAUUGCCAAAUCAAGACUCAGAAGAAAGAUGUUAGUACCAGUCUUGGCAAGAGUUACUCUGAAAAAGAAGCAAUUCAAGAAUUUAUGAAGGCAAGUGAAACCUUGAUGCAAAGAAAUGCAGCACAUCUUGGAAAAAUAAGAGAGCUGUUCCAGAAAUAUGGCUACAAACCACAUGUCAAAGACUCUACAGAAGAGGAGGAUGAAGUUAACGGUGAAUCAGCAGUGUCUGUCCAGAAUAAAUCUGACGAAGAAAAAGCAAAUGAUGUAUCUCACCUCUCUGCUUCUACAGAGAAGCCACCGUUGCCCAAAGACGCCCUGCAUAACCCCGAGCUCUCCGAUUUCGGUCUCUCACAAUAUGCUUUCUCCAGGCCUUGGAGCGCGCUGAGAGCACAGCACACAAGUGCGCGCCAACUAAAGUCAAAGCAUGAGACUCCGCUAAAACUGCGAACACCCCGGGCUUUGCCCAAAACACCCAAGUGUAAGCUAAAGAUGGAUGACUAUGAGUCUGCAACACCAAAACUUGAACACUUUAGCAUGAGUGAACAUACCAUGUGUCUGAAUGAAGAUUACACGAUGUCACUUAUUCAUAAAACUUCUCAUACAAUCAAAAAGUUGUUUAAAAGAGGAGAUGAUACUGGAGGGAAUUUGCCAGAAAUGACAGUCAAGGAAAUCAUGGUUACUCCUGCAUCAAAAUCAAGUAAGAGAGCUGAGAAUGCAGCAGCUGACUGGAUGGCUUCUCCUAUGGUAUUUGUGUUCUGUACUCCGGAUGUGAAGGAUAAAACGAAUAACACAGUAUUAUCAACGUCACCAGAGACAAAGGAACUGCCUCUUCCCAAUCGUACAGCAACACCACAGUGUCCAGAUUUUCAUACAAGAUGGCUAAAAGCAGAAGCUAAGCAGCAGGUAAUGUCAGGGGGGAAGAUUGAGUCAGUGACAAAGAACGAUGCAAAAGAUACACCAUACAAAGAAGAAAAAAUUCCGUUUGCUGCGAGCUCUGAUGAGUAUCUUAAACAUUGUGGUGACCCUUCCCCUCCCAAACUGGAACACUAUGACCAUUUACUCAAUACUCCUCCACCUCCAGAAAUAACAAGGAUACCAGAUAAUGUUCUAAAGAUGCUUUCCCAAUAUAAUAAGGUAUACUCUUCUAAAGCCAAGGAAACAGAGACCAAGGCAGGAACUACACGCUAUGAAGGCAGUUCCACUGAUUACUGCAACAAAGAGAACAGAGGAUAUCAUGGAGUUUUCAAGACAAACAUCUGAAAUCAAACUGAAGACCAUGUUGAAACUUUCACAUUCAUGGAUCUUAUCACCAAACCAGAACAAGUUCAAAAAGCAAAAGGAAAUACUGAUGGGAAGAAAGAGCCAUACCGAGAAAAGGCUUUUUUAAUGGAGAAAAAUUCUUUAUCCAUUAUGUGGAUAAACUUGUUUGAACUAACAGCUUGUGCUUAAUUUUCUAUUGACAUUAUUGUCAAAAUGUAUUGAGGAGUUUUAAACAUAUGGCACUACAAAGAGGAAUGAAGAUCCAUGUACAAGGUGGUACUUCAGUUGUUUGUUGUGUAGGAUUGCAUUUGCAGUAGGCUGUAGAGAGUACACUCAGGUUGUAAUAAAAGGUAAGUCCAGUAUAUUGCUUUAAAAAGAGGAUAUCUCUGGCUGUUCUGGUGACUGUCAUUUUAGGGCUGAGGCUGUCCUCUGGUACGUCAACAGUAUUUGGUAUCUUCAACAGAAACAAGUAAAUUGUUUUGUAUUGGAAGAGUAACUCUUGCUUUAGUGUUUAAAGUACUUCUGUGCUUUUAGUCCUUUCUGCGUUGCUAAGAUGUAUCUGACACAUUCCUGCAUCAGACGGACUGUUACCGCUCUGGCAGACAGGUAUUUCCCAUGCAGCUUCUUUAUUUAUACUUCAACGUUGUAUCAGGUGCUGUGCAUCUGGUUUCUUUGUAGCCCUAGAAGGUGACUCUUGCUCUACUGUGAACAAUUUGAAAAUGGGUGAUUAUUACUGGUUAUGUGUAUCUUCAGCUGCUUGGAAGAAUUUGCUGGUAGGCCUGUAGGUGAUUGCUUCCUCUCCUGCUGCUGCCAUGUGUAUUCUCUUCAGUGCUGGUGUCACUUCUAACCCUUUACUAGCUGACCAAGCUGAAGUUCUCAGAGCUGUUUGGCACUCUUUUGGUAGUCAUAGUAACUAGGAUUUUUUUCUACCUGCACUUUUUCUGUUUUCCACUAGAAAACCCAGCUCCAUAUCCUUGUUUGAAGCCAGUUUGCUGUUUCCAGUGUCAGCUUUUCCUCUAAGUGACUGAGGACUGUUCUUAGCGUUUGCCUUCCAGCUGAUGACUGAAAUUCUGUCAUUUCUAUGAGGGCAAACAUGCAACACAUGAGAGACUGUCCCAGGAGAUGAGAAUAAGUGGGUGUUUUUCUGAACUCAGCUCCACAUUUUUUUUUUGACUCUUCAGGAUAUGCAAACAUCUAGAGAUUCCCACAAGUAUUUCUUCAUUUGCUUAGACUUGUCCUGGUUAAAACUUAACAAGUAAAGGUGCCUUUUUUCCUGCUAUUAGUAAUUUUCCAUUAUAAGCAUACAACAAAUUAAUUGGAGAAAGUGAUUUUUUACUAGUUCUGACCUAGGCACACUGUCAUCGAAAUUGAUAGUUUCUGUUUAAAAGUGUGUAUGUAUUAGUGUGUCAGUCUGUGAGC